CGGACACAAGGUCGGCUCGAAAUCCCAAGGUUCGUUCCCGAGUUCGUAAACUCAUAUACGUCAUGUUUGAAUGACAGUUCGCAUGCGCCUCCCACGCACACCUGUAUAUUUGCCGUGUGUUUAUUUCCUGGGCCGAGCUCAAGGUCUGAAAGAUUGUUGAAACUAAACUAAACUAAAUUGACAGUCAACAACAUUUGUUUACUUGUUUACCGGUCUAUGUGGAAAAGGCACCGUUCCUUUUUUAAUUGAGUUAAGCCCCCCCCCCCUGGCGGGUAAGGAAGCCUAAUCCUGCCGUUUUAGAUUAGCAAAACAGCAGACGUCAGAUGGCCCUGUGUGACCAGGUUGGCCUUUGUUGUGGUCCAAUUAGGGUCAGAUUAAAGUUGGCCUUGAAUUGUAACCAAACAGCGUUUGGGCCAAUCUCAAUCAAGUAAAUUGGAUCAUCUCAUCUUGACCAAACGAGGUCCUGGACUUUGGGGGAUGCACCAGGGGUUGCGUUCACCCUCCUUCCCUGCCCCGUACUGAUUCCAUUGCGGGGUGCCAGUUUGGCUAACCCGUCAGCUUUAAGCCAGGAUGUAAUCCUCGCUAAUUUUAAAGGUGCCGUUUGAAGGCGUCCCCUUGUUGCCCUUUCUGUCGUGCCAACGCGUGGCGCUCAGAAUGGACAUUUCAGGCCCGGCUUGCGCUGUCGCUUUCAGGCUGUGUUUUUGUUGCCGUGUCACUUCCUGUUCUUUGGUGAUUUGGGCUUGAGGGCGUGGCUGACCUACCCUUCUGGGGCGGGGCCUAAUGCCCUGCAAGCACACGUCACCCCAGUCCCUUCGGACGGCAGCCCACGACGGAUCCGCGCCCGAGGUGAGAUCUUCACCAGCGGGGCCGAGGCGAAGCAGAGUCUGUAUUAAUUAACCUUUACGGCUGUCCGAGGUGUCCCGUAUCCAUGGAGACCACGCUGACAGGGUUGGGGAGCGGUGGUCUCCCAGGGCAGAGGCGCUGACACCGUCAUGGCAACGGGGCGGGGAGUGUCAGUGCCGUGCCCUCCUUACAGUGGCGCGUUUGUGACAGGUGCACCUGAUCCACACACACACACAUACACACACACACACAGACCGACCAGCCUGACUCCACUGCCAUUGGCCGAGGCUGGUCAUUAAAAGCUUCAGUGGAGUACAUACAAAGAUGAGUUCAGCUCCAUUCAGGUCAGACUUUAGUUUGACAGUUGAACGUAUUGGGUGUGUUGUUGUUUUUGGUACAUCGGCUAUGAAACGGGUUGUGGAAGCCUGCAUGGGGGGGGUGAUGGGCUUUGGCUGAGCAUGCGUUAAUCCCACCCUGGACAGACACACCUCUGCCCAGGUCCCUGCGUCUGAGAUCAGGAGAGCGGAAAAGUGCCACAGUGAGAGGCCGGGCCCCCGGGGGCCUCCCGACAGACAUCCCAAACAUCCACAGCCACGGAAUGCGUCAACAUCGCCGUGGCGAAAUCCUGCUGACUCCCCACUCCCCGUCCGGAUAAGCCGCCACCCCCAGAAGCCGGGGCAUUCUGGGACCAUCCGGCGUUUCGCAGGCGCACAGGAAUGCCAGGGAGCGCUGACUAGCCCCAAAAUGGAUGCCGUCAUGGCCACGGUGUCUCUGGCCUAGAGCCUUUUCCCCCCCCUCACCUUUGAAGCGUCUACAUCCUCUUGUCGGCAUUUGGAAGUCCAUGUCUCCUUCCGACCCGAUGACCUAGUGGACUGUUAUCUUAUUGUAUUUUUUUUACCUAGUAGCAGUGCUGAACCAUACCAGGGGAUCCUAGUAUUGAACAUGACUCAUGGGGAGGAACCUGGCCCAGAGACACACACGGAUUCAGCAGUUCUAACUUAUCUGGAAGGUUUACUGAUGCAUCCUGUGGCAGCCGGGCCUGGCGCCACGGCAACCCGGAGAUCUGAGGCUGCCAACGGCAACCAGGAGCAGGUAAACAAGGCGGCCCGGCCCUUCCAGCUGCCCCAUGGCCCGAGCGCCCCCAAGCCCGGGAACGGGCCCUCGCUGGGCUCCUCGCAGAACCUCAAGAAGGCCCGUCUUCUCUGCUCCGGAGCGUGGAACCAGCCGGGCACCCAGCGCCUGAGCUCUCCCCCGGUGGAGCUCAACGGCCAGGGGGGAGGACUGCAGAACGGGACCCUGGAGGGCUCCCCGCACGGCGGGGAGAGUACCCUGCUGGCCUCCCUGCUCCAGUCCUUCAGCUCGCGGCUGCAGAGCGUGGCCAUGUCCCAGCAGGGCAACAAGCCGGCUGCUAGCGAGCGCUCGCCGCCUCCGCCGGCCCCCGCGCAGGCCCCUUCCCCCUCGGCGGACAAGGAGGCCCUCCCUUGCUACGGUACAGCCUCCAGCCGGCUAAAGGGCCUGAUGAGGAAGAGCAAGCUGCAGAGCCACAACGCCACGCCCUACAGCCGGCGGGGCCCCGCCCAGGAGCGGCCGUCCGAGUCGCCGCGCUCCGCCCACGGCGCAACGCCCCCCUCGGGCCCUGCCGGCGGCGGCAGCGACGCUGUGUCGUGCGCCGAGCGUCUGAAGGCCGUGGCCAACCUGGUGAAGAUCCGCUCCAGCCCGGCGCCUUCGCCCAAGCCCAGCGUGGCGUGCAGUCAGCUGGCCCUGCUGCUGUCCAGCGAGGCCCACCUGCAGCAGUACUCGCGCGAGCAUGCGCUCAAGGCCCAGAUCUCGGGCCGAUCCGCCAGCGAACGCCUGGCCGCCAUGGCCACACAGCAGGGCCAGGACAAGCGGCCGUCGAGCGCGGGCGACGCCGAGCCCCCGGGCGCCCUGAACGCCCCGAACGGGACGGCACCCGCGGCCACAGCACUCCCCCCGCCGGCGGCCAACUCCAGCCAGCAGAGCCCCUCCCUGCUGGCUCCCCCCGGCUCCCCCCGGCCCACCCCUCCCCCGCCGCCUUCCCACGCCCACCCGCCGGCCCGCUCCCACGGCCAGCCCCCGAGGGAGAAGAGGGGCUUGGACUCGCGCCCGGCCCGGCCCCCGCAGACCUGCAGCAGCCUGCUCCUGCUGCUCCUCAACAACCACAACAACCAGAAGCAUCUGACCAAGAACGGGCACCUGGAGGACGACCUUGGGGCGCUGCCGGCCAGCCGUGGCUCCGGCUGCUCCUCCGUCACCUCGGACAGCGAGUGCUCCACCCAGGAGCGGAGCCUCGCCAAGGAGAGCAGCGACGCCGAGAGCUCCUACUCCAGCUGCUCGCCCAUCGACCUCUCCGUGAGGGGCCGGGCCGGCGCCGCCGAGACCGGGCCCAAGUCCUUCUCCUUCUCCUCCGCCUCCUCCUCGGCCGUCUUCUCCUCCGCCCCCGCCUUCUCCCCCUCCCCCCGCGGGCUCUCCUCCACCCCGGCGUUCUCCGCUUGCUCCGCGGCGCUCUCCUCCUCGACGGCCUUCUCCUCCUCCUCCUCCUCCUCCUCCUCCCUCGACAAGCUCACCGAGUCGCUCAUCAACAAGUGGAAGCCGGACUCUUCCGGGCCCACCAGGGUCCAUCAGGCCAGGGAGCUCGAAAAGAGCCCGGACCUUAAAUCCCACCCCAAGGUCACUCUCAUGCAGCUGCUGCUUGAGCGCAGGAAUAACGACAAGGGCAACAAAACCGCCGCUAAUCCCGAUUUGCAACACGACGCGACCCCUUCGCUCGGCAUGCCCCGGGGCCCGCCGAGGGGGCCGUCUCCCUGGGACGAGGGCAGGACACAUAGCCCCCUGGACAGGCCGGGGCCCCUGCCUCCCCCCUUGCCCCUCUACACCCUCAGCAGGGAGCCGGGAAGCACCCCGUCCCCAUAUUCCUACCCCUCCCCCCAUGUCCAGUCCAGCCCGCUGGACCUUUGCAAAUCCAAACCCUACCCCAGCGAGAAAGCCCCCGAGCCCGCCUUCAGCGCCAGUAAACUCUUACAGAACCUCGCCCAGUGCGGGACGGCCUCGCCUUCCCCGCCGACGCAUCCCGGGAAGGCCCCGAGCCAGGAGCUGGACGCGGGCCGGCCCCUGGCCCUCCUGGAGAGGCUCAACGCCCCCGCGCCGAGGAACGACGCCACGCCGCUCUCCGACGGGCCGUCGGGCAGCGGCGCGCCGUUCAGGCGCCGCGAGGCGUCCUCCCCCCCCGCCGCCUCCUCGCAGAUCGAGAACCUUCUGGAGCGGCGCACCGUGCUGCAGCUGCUGCUGGGGACGGGCGCGCCGUGCGCCGCCGCCGCGAGCGGACGCCGAGACAGGCCCUCCGGAGGGGGCGGGAGGUGGAGCGCGGAGGGGCCGUGCUUCGACAAGCCGGGCAGUGCCUCGGUCAUCUGCGACAGCUCCAACGGCGCGGCGGCGGUGGCGGACGUCAAGGUCAAAGCCGAGCCCUCCGAGGAGGUGAGCGUGUCCUCGGCGCCGCCCAACGAGGCGCCGGGCCGGAAGAGGCGGAGCGCCGUCGAGAGGCAACGCAGCCCCUUCUCCGAAGCCCAACCGGACCUCAAGAUCGAGCCGCGGCCGGCGGAGGUCAUCGCGAAAUACGGCCUCCUCAGCCAGCUCCUCAAACAGCAGACGGCGACGUACUACACGGCCAGCGCCCAGACGGAGACCAGGCUCGCCCACGUCAAGGAGGAGCAGAAGGAGCACCUGGGGUCCGGCCCCAAGAAGAGGCGCCUGUGUCCGGAGCUGGCCGAGAGCCUCAGCAACGGCAGCCCUCACAGGCCGGCGGACGGCUUGAUGUCCGCCGUCAAGGAGGGGCCUGACCUCCGGGGGCUUCGCAGCCCCAAGGAGGAGGAGCGCCCGGCCCGCAGCCCCCAGGGCGAGGCCCUCCCCAGGGAGAGCCGGGGUUUCAACGUGCUCAAGCAGCUGCUGCUCUCCGACAACUGUCUGAAGGAGCUGUCCCAGCAUUCCCGGGGGGCUCCCAGCCCUUCCUCCCUCCUGCAGGUCAACGGCAAGGCCAACGGCGGCGUCCUCAAUCAGCCCGGCGGCUACAAUCACCAGCUCCUCCACCUGCCCUGGCACCAGCACGCCCCCCCUCUCAGCUCAGGGCCCCCGCCCCUCCCCAGCCACCUCAGGCCCCUGCUCACCCCUCCGACGGGCGACGGCUCCCACCGCGGCCUCCCCUGGGGGCAUCCCGCCGCCCCGCUCCAGGACUCCCCCAAACGGGACGCCCCGCCCCCGGUGAAACGGGAGGCGGAGAGCCCGGUGCGGUGGGGAGGGCGCGAGGAGGGGGAGGGUGAGGAGGAGGAGGAAGAGACCUGCGACUCCAGCCCCGACUCCCCCAGGCUGACGCGCUCCAACCCCAUUCUGUACUACAUGCUGCAGAAGGGCAGCGCCCAGCUGAGGCGGGAGAUGACCAGGGACCAGGGGGAGGGGCCCCCGGGGGCGGGGGUGCGGGUCAAGGAGGAGCCUGUGGCCGACAUGCAUGCGUACGACCGCAGACAGAACUCCAGCCAGCACUCGCCACCCCACAACGACAAGCACAGCCACAGGAGCCAGGGGCUGAGCCAAUCAUCUGACAAAUGGUAGUUUUACGACAAGACUUUUAUGAACUGAGAGAGAGAGAGAGAGAGAGAGAGAGAGAGAGAGAGAGAGAGAGAGAGAGAGAGAAAAAAAACGGAUGGGGAUAAAAAUUACGUUUCCUAUUUGAUUUUUUAUUUGACUUUUUUUUUUUUUUUUUACUGACUUGCCAAAUUCAUUUGUAGUUUGAAGAGAGGAAAUAACAGGGAGCAAUGCAAGGAUAAGGAUUUUGAAUUUGAAGUGAAUGACUGCAAGGCAUAUUUUCAUUACUUUAUCAUAAUUGUACGAGGUUGGACUGUGGAAUGGUACGAUAUGACUCUAUUUGAAGAAAAACGUCAAAUGACUUCCGCCAAAAUUAGGUUAUUGUCCAAUUUGACACAUUGUCCACUGAUGAUAACCAUACAGUACAUAUUUCACCUUCUUAAAUGAACAAGUACUCCCUUCAAAGAAGUUGUUAGGUUUGCUACUAUGAUUUGUGUCUGCAUUGCACACAUAUCACUAUUCCGUGUCCUGCUAGUUGCCAGCCGUGAAACAUUUAUGAAGAACAUUUCCAACUUCAUUUAUUAUUGAUGACUCCAAAAAUGUUAGCGCUCACUUCACUGCAUAUUUAUUUAUUUUCCCCAUCUAGAAAUCUUCAGAUAGACAGAGACCCAUUAAUUUUAGAUCAGACCUCAAAUAUAGUCAUACCAAGGAAAGCACAGAAGUCCAUUACAAAAAGUACCCGGUGGGAAGGUUUUCAGAGGAAGACUUUGAGAACAAGGUUUCUCAAUGAAGUGGCUUCAGAUACCUGGGGUUCCUCUGGGUGUGAAGGGCAGGUGCCACAGUCCUCUUCUUCUCCAGAUAUUAUUCGAUAUGAUUAUCAGUGAGUCUGUGAGCCCAGGGCUCGAGUGGCCACGAUUCAGUGUGUUUUGCUUUGAUCUCAAAUGAACUUGUCGGAGGCUGAACGUUGGCAGUGCAAAUCCAGGGUAAUGUUGUCUUAAUAGAUGGGUAUGUGACUUUGUCUUCAAAGUACAGGUUCGAGGAGCUUUUUCCUCGGUCGAGUGUGGGUGGCAAUCGUUUUGUACGGGUUUAUGGAGCAACAGUUACAAUACUGCAGUGUCUGGGAAACGGUUCCAUGUACAAACCAGCACAGCUUCCUCACACAGGGUUAAACUCGGCGGCGUUGGGGGAAAUGAACGCCUUCCUCGUGAAACGACACAGUCAUCUGAUGUCGCACCCUGAAUUUGCAUUGUCAAAUAUGAGCUGUUGGUGUCCUUAUAAGAGUAUGUUUAUGGCAUGUAAUGAAAAAUGUCAGUGUUGUUAUCCGUUGAGAAUUUGAAAGUUUGUGAGGUUUCUUUUUUUUCUUUUUUACGUUUCUUGUGCUUGAUGGACACAUUUUGACUUUCUUGGCCGUUUUUUAGCUCAUAAAAUGUCAAAAGAAUUGCAUGGAAAUAACGAGAAAAAAACACAUUUCAAAGCAGCUGGAUUCAAUGUGAACCUGCCACCCAAUAAUGACUGAAGCAUAUUCAGUGUCUUUCGAGGGCUUAUCUGAUCUCUAGCUCUUUAUGUUGAUUGUACGGUAUUCUCUCAGUCUCUCUAUUUCAAUUUCACACGAUGCGUUGCCCAUCUAGUCUUACAUGUGAUCUUUUUUAAAUACAUAAAACAUAUAAAAUACAUAUGAAAUACAGUACAUGUUUCUUCUAUUAUUAAUACAUUUUCACAAUGGUUAAAUAUAUUUGUGUAAAUAGUACUUUCAUUCUGAAAGAUGACUAUUUUGUAUUGUCGAAGAAAAAGAUAUUACCCUAGUUUUUAAUGCCCUGAAAUGUAAAUAUGAUUAUAUGCGUAAAGUGUACAUACAAUGGCAGAGGAUGCUAUGCCCAUUUUUUUCGGUUGGUUUGUUCUUUGCAUGUGUCUCUAUGUGGUAAAUGAUAAUCUAUUCUGCGCCGUGUUGUGUAAUACUGUCUGACUCUCCUCACUGCUGCCUGUUGCAUGCAGAAGCAUGGGAACUACCUGUGUAUCUCCACUGCUGGUGGGGGAAAAUGUCAAGUCUUAAAAUAGGUCUUUUUAUCACAGAGAGAGGGUCAUUUAGAACAUGAACAGUCCCUAAAUAACCACAGACUGUUGAGCAAGUGGAUACAACGUGUGAAAAAAGUGCAUUGGAUAUUUUUGUGAUUUUCUUUUCUGUUACUGGUUAACAGAGCUCGGGGAGAGAGCUCGGGACUCGAGUGAGGAGGCGUACAAUCAUAAACCUGCAUUGUGCAUCUGAGAAGUACAUUUGUAGCAAACAAAAAAAAAGAUGUUUCCUUUUUUCCAUGUGACAACCCAAAACAUUGUUUCAUUUUUUAUGUUUUCAUUUUUGGUGUUCAUUUUGCACUGAUAUCUCAAAAAUAAAGUACUAAAAUGCU